AAAUUGUCAUACCAAUAAUAUCUUCCUCAUCCUUACCUCAUCAUCAACACGAUUAACAAUAACAAUCUAAUCAUUAUCAACAAUAAAGUGAUGAUUAACUUUUGGCCUUUUAUGUCCUAAUCCUUUUCUUUAUCACCUCAAAGCACUUUGACAAUCUAAAUUGUAACAGGUCUCGGCACCUUAACACUAUUCAUAGAUCACAACCAAUUCAUUCAUCACCAUUCACAUCAUCCUAAUCUUCAUCCUCAUCACCUUCAUAUCCGCAAUUGGUUUAGGCCGAUAAGUAACAACAUGAUUAAGGCCUUGUAACUUUAAACCAACUACUUUAGUUAAACUUUACGAUUGGAUUUUGAUCAAUUGUUUUGAUUCUGUUCAUUGCUGCUAAUCAAUAAUCAACUUGCUAAAUUAUGACCAAUUCACAGUUAAUUGGACUCAAUAUUUACACUCUCCUUUACUUGUUACUCAAAACUGAUUACUCGUUGUGUUUCAUUGGAUUCGCUGGACCAGCAUGUACGGUCACUUCGCUGAUUCCUGGUACUCCGAGUGCGACAACUUCUUCAAUGAUGGGCACUUGUUAUUCAUCAAUUUCAUGUCGCUCUCUUGGCGGAGUCGCGAUUGGUAAAUGUGGCGUUUCCAAUGUUUGUUGUGUGUUUCCACGAACUUGUGAUGCCGUUUCUUCAAUGAACAGUACCUAUUUCACUAAUCCUGCUUAUCCAUCACCUUACAAUGGAUCAACAAUUUGUACCUUGACCAUGAAUCGAGCGGCUUCAUUGUACAAAAUUUGUCAAUUGAGAUUAGAUUUUGUCGAUUUUGAAAUUAAUCGUCCAAUUGGUGGUAAUUGCGAUGUUGAUAAGUUUAUGGUCUCAGGACAAAAUUCAAAUUCACUUGUUCCCCCAAUUUGUGGACGUAAUUCAGGGACUCAUGUUUACAUGGAUGUUGAUGGGGCUCAAGGUCCGUUCACAUUCAGAGUGAUUACAAAUGGACCUGGAUAUCGAAGGUGGAAUAUACAAAUUACUCAGAUCGAAUGUACUAAUCCAUCGAAGGCUCCGUCCAACUGUUUACAAUAUUAUACUGGACCGUCAGGGAUGUUUUCGAGUUUCAAUUACGAAACUUCACAGUUUCAAGAUUUCUCCAGUACUAAUCCUCAAUCAGGCCAAUCUGGUCAAUUAUUUCUCGAUGCGACAUAUUUGAAUGGAAUGGAUUAUGCCAUUUGCUUUAGAAAAGAAAACGGAUUUUGUACUCAAUCGUAUAGCGUUAACAGUACCUUCACUCCUUUCGAAAUCGUCAAUUUCGGUCCAAACAAUUCACCAACAUUUGACCAAUCGGUUGCUGGAGCUGGACUGACCCGAUGUGCUUACGAUUAUAUCCAACUAAAUGGAGUCCGAUUUUGUGGAAGUCGCCUCAAUAUCCGAGGUGUCGAUCAAAGUCCAAAUCAAGAUGCACCAGUAAUCGACACUGGAGCUGGACCUUUUAUCGCUCGUUUUGUAAGUGACUCUCGAAAUGUCGGCCGAGGAUUCAAAUUAUCGUUCCAACAGAAUCCAUGUGGAAUUAAAUUUGAUCAAAUGUCCACACAACGAGGUGGAUAAAUCAAAUUAACAUUUUCUUUUAAAUUUAAAUCACCGAAAUAAUUUUUUUCCCACAAAAAUGUAUUCAUAUAAAUCAUUUGAAGCCAACUUUAAUCACCAUUGUUAUAACAUUCAGAUCGUUUAAGUUAAUCAAAUAAGCAAAUCAACUUGAAAUAUAAAUAAUUGUAAAUAAUUAAAAGGGAAUCCAAAAAGACAGUACAAUUGAUGAAAUUACAUUAAAAGAAUAUAAAAAGCGAUCCAA